AUGGUACAAUGGCUUGACUGCUUCAGGGGAAACAAGCAUGGAAUUCUCCGGAUAGCUGUUCUGGCACAUCUGAUUCAAGUUGUGGUGUCCACAAUGGCAAUGGAACCAAGGAAUGUAACAGCUCUGUGUGGCACCUCCGUGUGUUUCAACUGCAGCUCCAACGAGGACUGGGAUGCGAAGGUGUGGCAGCUGAACAGAAGGUCACUACUAGCUGUCUGUGUGGAGCACAGCCCUCUGGGAUGCAAUGACGAUGUCUGUGUGGUGAACCACACCACCUGGGCUGGCUCUGUGUGGGAGUUUGUUCUGAGUAGUCCCGAAUUCACUCCUGCUGUUCAGGAGGUUGCCUGUGAACUAUUGCCUUCUAUGGACAAGAGGAAAACUGCAGAUUUAUUUGUGAAAGAAAAAGGAACCGUCAUGAUAUUGGAUGGAAACGUGUCUGCCCAGCAGGGGGCGCUCCUCACCCUGCAGUUCCAGGGAGAAGGCUGGCAUCCCGUCCCCACUGUGGCCUUGACUAUCACCAGCACCAGUGUGGAGAGCAGUGGAUUCAACACCAGCAGUGUUCAGGACUGCACAGGACUCCUCAACUUCACCAGCGUCCUGAGUGUAAGGGUGGAGGGGUGUAGCUGGGUGGAGCGUCUGGUGUGUGUGUCUGCACUGCCCACGCCACGGAGAAGCAUUGCCUCUGUGUGUACAGAGCCUCCAGAACAUGACAGUGCAGUAGUGAUCGUGGUUGCCGUGACAGUGUGCACCAUUGCUCUGCUCGCACUCCUCACUCUGCUCUUCUUCUGCAUGCGCUCACACGUAGGUAACAAACCCCAACCCCUUCUCUUCUGGAGGACCAGGACACUGGGAAGAACUCAGGAAGAGACCACAGAGGGAAAUGGUAACCUGGGAUACCGCCAUGAAAGUUCUGGGCCAGUGUGGCGUACGGACGUUGACGCGCCUGCUGGCAGCAGUCUGAAGGUUCCUGAUAUCAGUUACAUCACAUCACAUGAGCCCAUAGUGGAGAGUGGGACUGAAUACCUCAGCAUCCAGAGGAGAGGUUUGACCCUGCCACAAGAACUACAGCCACGUGCCUGCUGACCACGGGACAGACUGGAAACUCUGGAUAGGA